UUGGCUCUUCCAGAUAUCAACGAAUGUGAAAGAGACCCAUGUAAGAACAGGGGCAUCUGUACUGACCUGGUUGCCAACUAUUCCUGCGAAUGCCCAGGAGAGUACAUGGGGAGGAACUGUCAGUACAAAUGCUCUGGUCCGCUGGGCAUGGAGGGCGGUAUAAUCUCCAACCAACAGAUAACAGCCUCCUCCACCCAUCGCGCUCUCUUUGGCUUGCAGAAGUGGUACCCGUACUUUGCACGCCUCAACAAGAAAGGCUUGGUCAAUGCCUGGACUGCUGCCGAAAAUGACAGAUGGCCAUGGAUCCAGAUAAAUCUCCAAAGGAGAAUGAGGGUCACAGGCCUAAUUACCCAGGGUGCAAAGCGCAUCGGCAGCCCGGAGUAUAUCAAGUCUUACAAAGUAGCCCACAGCGAUGAUGGAAAGACCUGGAGAACAUAUAAAGUCAAGGGCAAAGAUGAGGAUAUGAUUUUCAGAGGAAACGUGGAUAACAACGCUCCAUCAGCCAACUCUUUCACCCCUCCCAUUGAAGCGCAGUACGUGCGUGUUUACCCCCAAGUCUGCAGGAGGCACUGCACCUUACGAAUGGAGCUGCUGGGUUGUGAGCUAACAGGUUGUUCUGAACCUUUGGGAAUGAAGUCAGGGCAUAUUCAGGACUAUCAGGUCACAGCCUCGAGCAUCUUCAGAACACUCAACAUGGACAUGUUCACUUGGGAGCCAGGAAAGGCCCGUUUGGACAAACAGGGCAAAGUGAAUGCGUGGACAGCUGGACACAGUGACCAAUCACAGUGGCUACAGGUAAGGAAUAUACCUGAAAUAAACCUGAUGUAUGUGUCAAAUCUAAUGUUGAAAGAAAUCAAUGAAUAA